CCAUACGUCACCAUAUGAGUCACUGUAAACCGAUCAAAUAUGGCGGCGCUUCUUUCACGGUGACAUUUCAGAAAUUUGUAGCUGAGCGAUCUGAACGUUUCUUCAGAGUUAUGGCGAAUCGAGAGAAAGCUCUCGGCUUCUUGCCACAGAAAGAGAUAGUCUAUAACAAGUUGCUCCCCUAUGCGGAUUGCUUGGACUCGGAAUCCAAUGAAUUCCUGUCGGAAAUCAAGGCGAAUUUGGGCCGUGCGGUGGCACUGAGAGAACUGAAGCCGGGCGCGACACACUGGACAACACGGCUUUCCACGUACAUCCGUCUGUAUGGGCGAAAGUUUUCCAAAGAAGACCAUGUGAUGUUUGUGAAGCUGUACUAUGAGCUGAUGACCAUUCCUGACCUGGAGUUACCCCUCGUCCAGAAGUUUGCACAGAUGUUGACAACUCUGCUCAAGAAGCGAGAGCUGCUGUCCCGAGAUGACCUUGUGUUGCCAUGGCGACCGCUGUACGAGCUGGUGGAGCGGCUGUUCUACUCAUCGUGGGAACCCUACGGUCUGGAGUGGUAUCCCUCGGGCAGGAGGGCUCGAAGGGGCGUGAACUUGCGUCAGCUGGUAGGAGCCUGUUUAAGCAGGCCUAGUAGAGUCAGACACCCCCGGGCCAUGCGUGCAGUUCUGGCAGCCCUCGGCGUAGCGGGGUUCGGUCGGUCCAUCGAGAAUGUGAUCAAGAACGUUGUGCGCAUGUGUCGAGUGUAUUUCUCAGUAGAAUCCAGUGCAGAGAUGUUGGAGGAAUGGCGGCCGCUGCUGUGUCCGUUCGAUGUCACCACCUGUAAGGCCAUGUCGUACUUCGAGAUGUUCCUCCCCACCACCUUACCUCCCGAGCACCAUGACAAAGGGUUUAAGCUGUGGUUAGAUGAGCUGCUGAAGAUGUGGGACAACUGUCACAACUGUCCAUCAUGGGAACAGAACCUGGUGAAUCUGUUUGCUCGGGUUGCCCUGGACAACAUUGGGUACAUUGACUGGAGCCCGUGGGUGUCCAAACUCUUCACGCGGCUGCUGCGGAGCCUGAACCUGCCCGUCGGCUCCAAACAGCUGCAGGUGGGGCGGGCAGGUGGCGGCUACGACGUGGCCGUGGCAGGCAUCUGGAUUGUCUCCAUGAUGGGAGGUCCAAAGGGAGACAUUGUGCUGGACCACAUUCAGAGGUUCUUCCAGGCAGUGGAGACGUACUUCCACCCCUCCAACAACGGCAGGUGGAUGGGAAAGCUACAGAAGCUAAUCUACAAGUUGCCUUCCUCAGUGGUGAAGAGACUCCACAGGGAGCGGUACAGGAAGCAGUCGUGGGACCGACUCGUACCUGACGCCUACAAGCUGACGGACAUGGAGCUGGAGAAGGUGGUGGAACACAUGAAGCCUGCCGUCAUGCUGGCCAUCUUCAGUAAGACUGGGAGUCAGGACGCUGCACAGGCCCUGCAGAACCUGGCACUCAUCAGACCUGACCUCAUCCUGCCACCUGUGCUAGAGAAGACGUACCUUGCCAUGGAGACAUUGACGGAGCCCCACCAGCUGACAGCGACCAUGUGCUGUGUGGUUACCAUGGCAAGAGAGAUGGUGAAGGGAGGCCGGUACCCUGAGGGCCCCUCCAACCUCCUGCCCCUCCUCUUCAUGGUCCUGCCGGGCAUCGAUCCUAACGACUUCGCCAAGUGCAUGAUCACGUUCCAGUUCAUCUCCACCUUCUGCACCCUGGUGCCCCUGGUGGACUGUUCCGAGGCCCUGCAGACAAGAUCAGACCUCACAGAGAGAGAGAAGGAACUGUGCUCUUCCACUGCAGGGUUUGAGGACUUCGUCAUGCAGUUUAUGGACAAGUGUUUUGCCCUGAUCGAGAACAGCACACUGGAGCAGACCACCACGCUGGACACACUCAUGGACAAGAUGAGUAACCAGGAGGGCAUGGUGGAGAUAGGUCUCACCUCAACAUUCAGCACCAUCCUCACACAGAGCUCUCCAGCAAUAUACCAGGAGGCCAUCAAGAAGUUGUUCCACUUUGCAUCGAGCCACAUGUUUGAGACAAAAGUCGCUGGCAGAAUGGCAGCUAAUAUGUGCAGGGCUGCCAGUAAGGCUCAUCCUGAGUAUACACUGAAGCUGUUCUUGCCUCACUGUGCCCAGGUCAUCAUGAAGCUAACAGAAGCGGAGGAUGUUCAGAAGGAGGAACAGCUGGAUGAUGAGCUGCUGUGGAACCUACAGAUGCUGGCUGAUAUCGUGCGUUGUGAUGGGCUGUCCCUGGUGGUGUACCGAGAUCAGCUAGUGCCGGUUCUGGAGCGCACGCUGCACCUGACGUGUAAGGACGGGUACCAGCAGGCAGGGCUGCUCCUCCGACACUCCCUGCGCGCCCUGACGCUCGUCUACCCGCAGGAGUACCGCAGCAUGCCCUUCCGCUUCGACCGCCCGCUCAACGAGUACCUGCCAAUCAGGGACUGGGGAACCCCCGGGAACCUGUUUGACCUGGGGCUGCGCUGGCACGUGCCCAGUCUGGAGGAGAAGAAGGUCGCCCUCUAUCUGCUGGACACGUUCCUGCAGCCGGAACUGGAGAGGCUGAAUCAGCACACUGAGGGAAGCAUCUCGCUAUCCAGAGACGAGCUGCAGCGUACAUUGAUGAUCGUGCACGACGGACUGAUCGGAGCGGGCGCCAUCAUGCCCAUGUGGGAGGAGGACGUCACAGCUGACUUUGUCAAGAGCGUAACUCCACUAACAGGGUUUUCCAACACCUACAAAGUUAAAGAUGAGGAAUUUGAAGCACUCCUGAAGCGGAGAGAGAACCUGAGGGCAGUCAUCUGUAAGGUCAUGCAGAAACUUGUCGGUCACAUUUUGACCAACAGCGAGGAUGACACCAAAUCAUUGUCCUUCAUAAUCAAGAUCUACAGUGCAGUCCUGUUUUACUAUGGAACUCUGAAGCACGAGUUUGAUGGCAGGUGGAAGAGCUUCACUGUAGUGAAGAAGGCCAUAGAAGACAAGCUUCAUGGGAAGAAGAGGCACAUCAGGGCUCUGCUGGUGGACAGAGUGUCUCUGCAACAUGAGAUGCGAGUACUGGACAAGGAACAUGCCCCCUACACACCCCUGGUGCAGGAACUCAUGCAGGACCUGCUCAAACUCUCCACAAGCCACUAUGGAGAGGUGCGUGCCAAGGCCCAGCAGGCAUUCCUAGGCUGCCUGCAGAUGUACCCCUACUCCCACCUGGACCUCCUGCCUUCCAUACUCACCUACCUGAAGGCUGACCCCAACAUCUCACACGACCAGUUCAAGGGUGCCCUGUAUGUCCUGCUGGGCACGCGGAGCUGCUGCCUGGCCAGCCUGAGUGAGUACGCCGUGAUCCGCCAGCUGUGGCCAACCAUCCUGCAGGCCGGACACUCCGAGAAACCCUCCAUACAGCAGCUGAUCGAGGACGUCACUGACAGAAUACACCGCAACUACGAGACUGUCGCAGUCGAAUCUGAGGUCUCAGAAGCUUGUGUAGACCUUGCAAAGGCUGUUCUUGCAUCGAAGACGCCCGCUCCCAGCUGCACUCCCACCACAGAGGAGAUAGAGGGCGCUGUCAAGGACCUGGAGAGAAGGAACAAGGCAACCCUGGACAUUUACCAUGACUUGGUGAACACCUUGCUAGACCUGUUGGAGUCUGGAAAUCUGAGGUGGAGAUUUGUGCAGAUCUCCAUCGGGAUGCUGACCCUGCAGAUCCGGCGGGACACCCCCCUCCCACCCCGCGCCGUCGCCAUGUUCACACGGUCACUCGUCGACGAGACCAUCACCAUCAGGAAGAUGGCCAUCGGUGCUGUUGUUGCCAUCUUGAAGCAGCAGAAGAGGGAACACAAGAAGAAAGAGAUAGAGCCUUUCAAAGAAGGAGGGUGCCAGCCCCCACCCCCGGGCUCCCUGGUGCCCCUAGGGGAGAGGGACGACAACAAGUGGCUUCAGUAUGACAGCAGCAGACUGCCCAAGACUCAGGACCAGUGGGAGAACUCCACCUUCGUGGACAAGACCCACUGGGGCUUCUACACGUGGCCCAAACCCAUGCUGACCUACGCACCUGCAGACCAACAGCCUCCUCUGGGGCGGAAGAGAGAGGACAUGUCAGAGGGUGAAGGCAUUAUCUUCGACCACUUCUCCAACAAGGAGUUUGUUGACAAACUGAUCGGCUUCCUGUCGCUGGAGGACAGGAAAGGUAGAGACAAAUUCAGCAACCGCAGAUUCAACAUGUUUAAGGGUUUGUUUAGAAACUACGACGACGCCCUGCUGUCCCUGUUCAAACCCCACAUGGAGAGGUUAGCGGCCGACACUCAGGAGUUCAGCCAGCGAUGUCUGGCAGAGAUAGUAGCAGGGCUGAUACGGGGGGCCAAACACUGGACCUUCGACAAGCAAGAGAAGCUGUACGAGUUCCUGCUGCCACUGCUCAAGACUGUGAUGACUAACGCUUCAGUGGAGACCAUAGGAGACUGGGCACAGAGCAUGUCUUCUGCUGUGGAAAACAGGGACCCCAGGAAGAUCCACUGGUUGUUGGAGGCCCUGAUGGAGGACUGUGGAAACGAGGCAGGGGGAUCCUUCCUGUACUCAAGCCGGCUGUACGUGCUGCAGAGUGCGCUGAACCAGCAGGAGUGGCGCGUGCCUGAGCUGCUGCACCGCCUGCUGGCCCACCUGGAGCCUCACCUGCCACAUGUGUACAAGAACGUCAGGGACAGGUUAGGCAGUGUCCUGACCAACAUCUUCAUGUACGAGCUGCCGGGUGAGAUCGCCAUGCCGACCCGCUCCCCCCAGCGCGGGAAGUUCCUGCUGGGCCUGCUGCCCAAACUCGCCAUCCUGGAGACGCUCGACCUGGAGAGGAACGGCAACGGUAGCCAUGGCAACGGGAAGGGGGAGGAGCCCAUGGAGGUCCAGGACCAUGCACAGGACGGCGCACUGGGGCAGACGGAUGAAAAGAAAGAAGCAAUUCAACUCAUUAAGACAGUGAUGAAGUGGAUGAUCAGUGGGCUGGCCAGGAUGUACCAUGGAGUCUUCCCAGAGCUCUAUCAACUGCUACCUCUGAUCAUGCCCCUGGAGAGUACAGAGAAGGAUGAUGAGCUGCAGAAGGAUGCACAGGUGUGUCUGGCCUGUGUGGCACAGGCUUACCUGUCACCUGACAUCAUCCCCACUGCAAUAGAGGCCGUCAAACAGGUUGCAUUUGGAGGUCUGUGGAGGGCCCGGCUGUCCAUCAUGACAUUCCUGCAGGUGUUGGUGUUCUGUAACCUGUUCCUGGUGCAGGCCAACAAGUCAGUGGUGGCAGAUAUACGCAAGCUACUGCUGCAACUCCUACAGGACGAGCAGCUAGAGGUGAGAGAGAUGGCAGGCACCACACUGAGUGGCUUCCUACAAUGUGGCCUGAUCGCCCUGGACAAAGACCUCCAGAUGCACUUCAACAAGCUCUGUCACACCAAGUUGCCAAAGAAGAAGAAACUAACAGAUGCAGGUGUGCAGGAAGGUCCUACCAGCCAAGCCCUGAUCCAGAGGCAUGCGGGGGUGCUGGGUCUGUGUGCCUGUGUCCUGUCCUAUCCCUAUGACGUGCCUGACUGGAUGCCUCAGCUGCUGCUAGAGUUGGGAGAUCACCUCAAUGAUCCACAGCCCAUAGCGGGAACAGUGAAGAAAACGUUGUCAGACUUCCGUCGCACACAUCAUGACAACUGGCAGGAGCACAAGCAACGCUUCACAGAGGACCAGCUGUGCAUGCUGACGGACCUGCUGGUGUCCCCGUCGUACUACGCCUGAUAACGUCCUACUAUGUCACACGCUGUGAUAACAGCAGAGUAAUCCUGGGUUAGAACGUCUCAGUAAAAGAAAUCAAACAACAGUUUGUCACUGGGACAGAAAUUGUCCUGAGUCAGGACCAAAUAUGGACUCCUGAGAUCUUAAAUAUGCAAAUGAUGUGCCAUGAAGGACAGAAUCCUUUUUCAACGGAGGUUGUAGAAACAACCUUUCACCCGGAAGACGUAUAAUCCGUACCUGACAGCACCAGGGGAAACAGGUGAUGUUCCUGUCCUCUGCUGUGCAGGUAUGGUUCGUACCAGCCUCACCUUCACAAUAAUAUUAAGGUAAAUGUGGACAUCACAGCCCUCAAAAUACGGGAAACUCAAAGUGUAGACACCCACCAUCUAACUGGGAUGGUUAAACUGCUGACAGUGCAAUAAAGCAAAUGAUCAGGUCAAAAUGUUUCAGUAUUAACACUAAGGUAGUGAACACUUUUGUUCUACUAACACCCCAAGUGGCAGGAAGAUUGUAUGAAGUACAUCUUACUUGGGGAAGGAGUUUUGUUCAGUUUUUACUGUUUUAUUUCACCAGUUCUCUUGUUUCUUGAUGAUGUAGUGUGUAGUGUGUACAGGAGUACAUGGAAUGUAUGAAGUAAUUUGGAUGAUCUUUUUACGUGUGGUUUCAUGAAGGAAGAUGCAGGGCAACAGUCAGUCCACAACCACACGUGAAUCUCAGUACUGGGCUAAUGUAAUAUCUUCUACUGUUAGCCAUAAUGUUACAAUUCCACAUCCACUUCUUCUAACAUCCCUCGUAUCUUGUCCAUGUUGUUUGUUUUUAAGUUUGUAAUCAAACGUUUUCCUGAUGAAGUAGUUCGUUUGGGUAAGUUUGAGUACUUUUAGUGUGUUGUUGCCAUGGUAACAACAAGUUUUCCUGUUAUUUUCAUCUGGCCAAGUUGCCAAUACAGUGGAAUUCUGGAUUCUACAGUGGAUGAUAUGAAAUUGUAAACAUUGUAAGAUAUUGAAAAUAAAGUAACGAAAUGGUC